AUGAGUGAAGACAUUGAUAAGAGUGGCCUUGUUCAUGAUAUGAAUCAACACUUUGCAAAAGCUCUCCAACUCAUAGCAGAGUCUUCUGCAAAUAAUAAUGCAAAAAUUAGAGAAGAAAUUAAAGAAUUCUUCAUAAAAGCAGAAGAAAUUGAAAAGGAAAUUGCCAAAACAGAAGUUUCUUCAAUCGGAUAUGUAAAGAAGUGCGAAUUAGAAGAAAUUGAAAAGCAAAAGGCUAACGUUCUUGAAUUUAUUGAUAAAUUUGACUCCCAAAUUGGCGAAAUCGAGGCUUCAUUGCGUCAGUGCAUUUUAGAGCAUUCUACACAUCUACAAUGCUAA